ACUUACACUGUACAGCAUCCGUUAGCUCCCCGCUUGUGUUUCGUUUUUCGGUGUUUCGUUUCGUCCCGUCGCUUCACCAAUUUGGCACUUUGGCUUUCUAUAAUCCGUACGUGUGCCCCGUUGAAUUCGAUGUCGUUAUACCUUUUUGUUUCGUGAUUUCUUUAAACAGCCUUUUUUUUCAUCAUUCCCUGUUUCAUUCGCUCUCCCCAACUUGUAUCGAUCGGCUGGUCCGUUGUAACAAUUUCGUGCAUUUCGUACCCAAACGAUAUACCCAAACGAUAUUUCACCAUGACAGCUGUCGACCCAAGCACUCGGAAAAGGGUGCUCAAGGUCAUUUUCAUAUCGUUGCUUCUAGAUCUGAUAUCAUUUACCUUUAUCCUCCCUCUCUUCCCAAAGCUCCUCGAGUUCUACAGAAAUAGCGAGGUAGGCGACGACUCGCAGACGACGCUGCUCGCGCAGAUCCUCGGCGGUCUCAACGCAUACAAAUCUGCCUUCGCGAAACCAAUCGACUCGAGAUAUGAUAUCGUCUUACUAGGAGGAGCCUUAGGGAGCUUAUUCUCUCUGCUCCAGGCCAUAGCGUCCCCCGUUAUUGGACACUUGUCCGACAAGCAUGGCAGAAGGGCCGCGCUUCUUGCCAGCAUGGCUGGAAAUAUCGUGUCGGUUCUCCUCUGGGUGGUAGCAGUGGAUUUCAGAACCUUCCUUGCCUCGCGUGUCGUGGGUGGUUUAUCGGAGGGCAACGUACAACUAGCUACAGCCAUUGCAACCGAUAUCUCGGACGAGAGUAGCCGCGGCUCGACUAUGGCCCUCAUAGGUGCUUGCUUUUCGAUCGCUUUCACCUUUGGUCCGGCCCUUGGCGCAUACCUAAGCACCAUUGCAACCGUGGCCGCAAACCCUUUCGCAACGGCCGCCGGCGUGUCUUUGUCCCUGAUUGUGGUCGAGACGAUUUACCUGUAUAUCGCGUUACCUGAGACUCUGCCAAGUCAGACAGGAAAAAAGACUUCUAAAACAGCCACGAAGCCAGUCGCGGUGACGCGUACAAACUCUCACUUUUUGCUAAACCUGGUGCACUUCUCCUUUCUGCUGUUCUUCUCGGGAAUGGAAUUUUCCCUACCAUUCAUGACGUACGACCUCUUCCAGUACAACUCGGCCCAGAACGGUCGACUGCUGGGCUUUGUGGGCCUGAUUGCCUCGAUCCUACAGGGCGGAGUCACCCGCCGACUUCCACCGCUUCUUACCGUGCGGAUCGGUGUCACCGCGUGCUUGCUGGCGUUCAUCAUGCUCGGGCGCAUUAGCACUGUCGGGUCGCUGUAUCUAGCCGCUACUUGCCUGGCGACCACCUCAGCCACAGUCGUCAGCGGCCUCAACACGCUAAGCAGCUUCGAAGCUAGCGAGGGUGAGCGAGGAGGCAAGCUAGGCAUACUUCGAAGUUACGGCCAACUCGGGCGAGGAUUGGGCCCGAUUCUGUUCACUAGCGUGUACUGGUGGGCGGGUAGAGAGGUUGCUUACGCUGGGGGUGCUUUAGGUAUCCUGAGCGUUACGUUGCUGGUAUUCGCUGGGCUUAAGUCACCGCCCGGUUCGCUGAAGAAAGUUAAGUCGGAGAAGAAAGAAUUGUAAGAAGUCAUCAUUGUUUCAAAUGCGUUGGGCGUGUAUAAAAAAGCCUCCAGCUCUUUUACCGGAAGAUCAUAGAAAAUUUCGGGUAAG